AGGGCUAGGUAAAUGAUGUAGAUAUGAGGUAGUGAAACAGUCGUGAUCGCACACCUGAUCCUAUCGCUUCGAACGUGGAACAUUUUACGGAAAGAUAAAAAUAUUAUUUGGUCUGAUCAAGAAUAUCUUGAGUUAUAAAUAUUUCAAUUUGCCGAGUGUCCUUGAUGCCAGGCCAUUGGCUAAUCAAGAAUCAGCACAUCAUAAUUUGAUGAAUAAAUAAUUUUUCAGUGAAAACAAAAUAAAAUCUCGUUCAACAAUCGAAAGAAAUGUGGGAAUAAUUACAUAUAUGUAUACAUAUAUUAUUUACAAAUUGGAAAUAUGUAUGAUACAUUAGUAUGGAUCGAUUACGUCAUAAUUGCGGGAACAUUGGCGAUCAGUUCAGGAAUUGGAUUGUAUUACCGAUUCACCGGUGGACGUCAGAAAACGACUGAGGAAUUUUUUGUUGCUAAUCGCGACAUGGGAGUAACGACAAUUGCAAUUGGUCUUAUGGUCUCACUCCUGUCAGCUGUUAGUCUCCUCGGUGUGAGCUCUGAGAUUUAUGUCCAUGGAACCCAUUAUUUGGUAAUCGUUCUGGGUUAUGCCAUUGCUACACCAGUCAUUGCUUAUUAUUAUCUCCCAGUGUUUUUCAAUUUGGGAGAUACAAGUGCAUUUCAGUAUUUAGAAAAACGAUUUGGAGUGAAAACACGACUAGUGACGAGCACAAUAUUUCUCCUACAAUUUCUAUUGUACACUGGAGUUGUUUUGUAUGCACCGGCACUUGCACUUGAAGCAACUACCGGUCUGUCAACGACAAUUAGUGUAUUUAUUAUCGGAAUCGUCUGCACAUUUUACUCGACAAUCGGUGGAAUCAAGGCAGUACUAAUUACCGAUGUCUUCCAAGGGGCUUUGAUGAUUGCCUCGGUUGUUAUUGUUAUUGUAACUGCCGCUGUUGAAGCUGGAGGAAUUGAUAAAAUUUGGCACAUCGCCACCGAGGGAAAGAGAAUUGAUUUCUACAGCACUUCGAUUGACCCAACCAUUCGUCACACCUGGUGGAAUUUGAUAAUCGGUGGAUUUUUCAUUUAUUUAUCAUUGUAUGGAGUCAAUCAGAUACAAGUGCAGAGAAUGCUCACGAUUAGGAGUUUAAAACGGGCGCAAGCUGCAGUAUGGCUCUCCCUUCCCAUCACCAUCAUUCUCGUUUGUUGUAUAGGUUUCUCUGGUCUCGCUUUAUACUCAAAAUACAAUAAAUGCGAUCCCAAAACAGCGGGCGUGAUCGCCUCGAACGACCAAUUGAUGCCUCACUAUAUCAUGGAAAAUUUAUCCAAAUAUCCGGGAAUUCCGGGAUUAUUCAUUGCUGGGAUUUUCAGUGCUGGACUAAGCACGGUUUCCGCAGUGCAAAAUUCCGCAGCUGCUAUUAUUCUAGAGGAUUAUGUUAAACCAUUUCUCAAAAGUCGGCAAAGAACCUUCAGUGAGGACCAAUCGGCCUACAUGAGUAAAUUCUUAGCACUGGUGAUGGGUAUCAUCUGUCUAGGGGUUGCCCUCCUAGCCGAACACUUGGGUAAUCUCCUGCAAGCCGCUCUGACAAUAUUUGGAGUGGUCGGUGGCCCUCUUCUGGGUAUUUACACCCUCGGAAUGUUUAUAGAGAGGAUCGAGGAAAGAAGUGCUAUUACUGGACUAAUUGCCAGUACCAUUCUCUCCCUGUGGAUUGGAUUUGGCGAGCCAAAACCGGAAAUUCCCAAACUCGAUGUCGACGUCAGUGGUUGCAACGUCACAAGGACUUACAAUUUAAAUAACAAGGAGAUAAUAAACGACGAUGACAUAUUUUAUCUCUAUCGGAUAUCAUACAUGUGGUACUGUGCAUUUGGCUUCAUCUCAUGUAUCAUCAUCGGUCUUCUCGCAUCUCUCAUCAAUUCUUGCGCAAGCAACGAAAAAAAAAUACCAAAUCCAGAUUUCUUCACUCCAUUUGUUGCUGCUAGAAUACGAAAACGACAGGCAAUGUGACGUUAUUGAGAUGUUGGAUAAUAUUGUUGAGUCAACAUUGAUGAGAAAAUUCCUGUAUUCUCAGCUAUUCAUUUGCGGUUUCCGGAGUGUUUUUCGAAUUCCUCGGCGUUAUCCCGACCUCAAAUAAAUUCAGUUUUUGACGGUUCGUAUAGAUUCAAUAUUGAUAUUGUUGCAUUAGUUCAAGUCAUGAAACAUUUUUUGGUAUUAUUUUUAUUGUUCUGCAUGAUUGUAAUUCACUCAUUGAUUCAACGCAAUUGACUGCCCUUAAGUCACAAUAUUUUCCGCGUAUUCAAAUGAUCUGCAAUCAAUAAUUGCCAUGAUAAUUAAUGAAACGCAAAUUCCUUCAUUGAAAAGGAUGAUUAAAAGAAAAAACAAUUUUUCCCACACGUGCGAUCACCAUCGCAAUGAAAAUCUUCAAUCAAUAAUUCAUUGAAUGACAUAAAAAAAAACAUCUAUCGACGUACGUAGUAAUGCUGGAUUAUACAACAUUGAUUUCGCUCGAUUUACCUACUAACCCAGUGAGUCACGAAGAGUCUCUAUCAUCCUGGCUUCCAUGAAAACAUGUGCAUACCAAGCGAGUAUCUACCGUGACUCUCGUAUCAUUCAUCAUUGGGGAGAAUAAAGCUGAA